AUGAUAGAUGAUGAAACCUUACCGAAUGCUGCUAUUGCUGACUUCAUCAUCAACCUUCUCUUUGCUGGGAAUGAGACAACAGCUAAAACCAUGCUCUUUUCUGUUUAUUACCUCACACAUUGUCCCACAGCUAUGAAGCAGUUGCUGGAUGAGCAGCAGAGCCUAAGGAGUGAAAGGGGUGAGGAGAUGCUUAAUUGGCAAGACUACAGAGCUAUGCCUUUCACUCAAUGUGUAAUUGAUGAAACUCUGCGCAUUGGAGGCAUUGCAAUCUGGUUGAUGAGAGAAGCCAAAGAUGAUGUAGAAUAUGAAGAUUACAUAAUCCCCAAAGGAAGCUUUGUGGUGCCAUUUCUUUCAGCAGUCCAUCUAAACGAACAAGUUUAUGAGGAUCCUCUUAGUUUCAACCCUUGGAGAUGGAUGAAACCAGAAAAUCAGGAGAAGAGGAACUGGAGGAGCAGUGUGUAUUUUGCGCCGUUUGGAGGUGGGAGUAGAUUCUGUCCGGGGGCUGAGCUGGCUCGCCUUCAGAUUUCUCUCUUCCUUCACUAUUUUCUCACUACUUUCAGGUGGAGACAGGUAAAGGAGGACCGAAUGUCAUUUUUCCCAUCAGCUCGACUGGUGAACGGGUUUCAGAUACAACUCACUAAAAAUUGA